AUGGAAGUAGCAUACGUGGAGGCAUUGCAUGGCAUGUCCGGCAUUGCCGCAGCCGCAUUUGUACAAUGCUUGCAGCCAAGACGUUGCUACGACUCUUUGUUGAGUGGUUCAGCAUUUACACAAGAGCUUAUAAAUGGACAUCCGGUCAGGAUUAAAAAUCUUUUACGAGUGACGAAGGAGACUUUCCUACGUAUGUGCGAUACGUUGACUGUGCGAGGAUUAAUUAAACCACAUGUACAGACGCGUGUAGGGGUUCAUGAGGCUGUCGCGAUCUUUCUACAUACAAUUGCCCACUCUAAUAGGCAUUGUAGCCGUGCGGAGAGAUUUCAACACUCAACACACACCAUCUGGCACCACGUGAAACGAGUAAGUGAGGUAUUGUGUCUACUCAGAUUCGAGGUCGUCUCCCCAGGAGAUCAAAGUAUCACUCACCCUCGCAUUGCAAACAACCGACACUUUAUGCCUUUCUUUAAGGAUUGUGUUGGGGCCUUUGAUGGUACCUUGAUCCAUGCAAGCGUCCCUGUUGCGGAUGCACCGCAUUUCCGCAGUCGGCACGGACAUACCGAGCAGUCUAUCUUGGCCGUUGUAGACCAUGAUAUACGGUUCGUCUAUGUAUAUACGGGUUUUGAGGGGAGUGCACACGACUCCCGGGUUCUAAAUCACGCAAUAGCCGUGUCACAAGACUUUCCUCUACCCCCGCCAAGUAAAUACUAUCUGGCGGAUUCGGCAUACACCAACUCCGCCUUGACACUUACACCCUUUCGCUCCCAUCGCUACCAUUCGCAAACAUUUCGCGACACUCCAGGGGGUCCGCGUGGUCCGAAAGAAUUGUUUAACUAUCGACACUCUCAACUUCGCAAUGUCGUCGAGCAAGCCUUCGGGGUUCGUAAGCAGAGGUUUGCAAUCCUAAGAGGUCCAAUGCCGAUUUAUAAGUUUUACCUGCAAGUAAACUUGGUCCAAGCGUGUGCUACUGUGCACAAUUUGAUGGUAGCGGCGGGCGAGAACGUAGAAAACCACGACGGAGAAGGCAGUGAACCUGCACUUGAGGAAACGGGGAACUCAACCACGGGCGACCCACUCCCGGAUGAGUACCUGGAACUAUUUGACAACCCACACAGGAAUCAGUUUCGCGAACACCUUGCUAAUAGAAUGUGGACAAGCAGAGAUUGGUAA